AUGUCUUCCCUGCCACCACAAAGACGUGCUGCUCUGGGAUAUGGCAAGGCGGAGCUCAUCAAGCAGUGCUCUUUCAAUAGUAUGCAGUGCGAUAUCGAGAAAGAAUUCAAGCUACAUAUUGACCCGUCGUUUGGUAACUGCUAUACUUUCAAUGCGAAUCCUGAGAGAGUGCUGGCCAGUAGUCGAGCAGGGCCUAGCUAUGGGUUACGUCUGAUGGUGUUCGUGAACUCCUCGGACUAUCUACCCACAACCGAAUCUACUGGCGUUCGGAUUACAAUUCACAGUCAACGAGAGUGCCCUUUUCCGGAUACAUUCGGAUAUUCGGCUCCAACCGGAGCCAUAUCGUCUUUCGGCAUUUCACUUAGAAAGGUAACCCGACUGCCAAGCGGUGGCUGUUUCAACGCUGACAGUCCGCUACCACUGGGUUAUAUUUACCGGGAUUACAUUUAUGAGCCUGAGGGAUGUUACCGUAACUGCUAUCAGAAAAGAAUAAUCAAUCAAUGUAGAUGCGCCGAUCCACGAUUUCCAAGACCGUCGGAUAGAAUAAAUUAUUGCGAUAUUCGCAACGACAUUAUAAGAGAAUGUUUAUCAGCUGAAAGUAUUCGAAUGGUCAAGCGGAAGUCAUGCAGAUGUACUCAUGCUUGCCAACAGGACGUGUAUACUACCACAUACUCAGCGGCGAAGUGGCCGUCCAGCAGUACGAGAAUGGAAUGCAACGAAAAAGACUGCACCUCGUACUAUAAGUAA